AUGGAGGGCGCAAGAAGAUCCUUCGACCAGAGGCCAUCCUUCAUGGAGUCUCAAGCCGCUCCACAAGGACUGUUCGAGACCAGACAACCUCGCCCGAACAGCUUCUCCAACGACUUCCAAAACGUUCAGAUCGAGAGCAACGACAGCACGCGGGUGUCGACGCCCUCGGGCGAGCGCGACAUUGAAAAGUACGAGGAUGAAGACCCGAUCAAGAAGGACGACCACAAGCGACAGACAUACCAGGGCUAUGACAUUUACGACCCAAACAGGCCGAAGCUGGGGCUCAAGCAACGAUUACACCACUUCACCUGGGCAUGGUGGACUCUCAUCAUGAGCACAGGUGGACUAUCACUUCUCAUCUUUGCACAACCGUACCAGUUCCCCGGCCUGAGACAAAUCGGUCUCGUCGUCUAUGUCAUCACCCUCAUCCUCUUCACACUCACCGCCAGUGCCCUGGUCGCGCGGUUCUUCCUGUUCCCGGGCGAUCUCAAGAAAUCCAUCUGCCACCCGCGUGAGGGACUCUUCUUCCCCACAUUCUUCCUCUCCACCGCGACACUCAUCACGAACACUUACCGUUACGCCAUCCCGGAGAAUGAUGAGACUCUCAACUGGGCCAUCCAGGUUGCAUUCUGGAGUUACCUUGCCGUGACACUGAUCCUCGCCGUCGCCCAGUACAGUUACGUCUUCCGGGCUCACACCAUGGAGGUCAAGACCAUGAUGCCCACCUGGAUCCUGCCCAUCUUCCCCAUCAUGCUCACGGGCACCAUCGCCUCCGUCGUUGCCGAGACCCAGCCCGAGUUCAUGUCCGUUGCCAUUGUGUACGGCGGUCUCGCAUGCCAGGGUCUGGGCAUCAGUGUGUCGUUCCUCAUGUACGCCCACAUGGUCGGACGCCUGAUGUCAUUUGGCCUGCCCAGCCGUGAGCACAGGGCCGGUCUCUUCAUGAACGUGGGGCCCCCAUCUUUCACCUGCCUCGCCUUCAUCGGCAUGUCAAACGGCCUGCCUGAGAACUUCGACUUUGACUCCAACGGCAUCAUGGACGUCCACUUUGUCCGCCAGAUGGCAGUCCUCGGCGGCGUCUACCUCUGGGGGCUCGCCCUCUGGUGGUGGGGAGUUGCUGUUGUCGCAGUGAUCCAGAGCAGGCCCAAGUACUUCCAUCUCGGAUGGUGGGCUAGUGUGUUCCCCAACACCGGCUUCACCCUCGCUACCAUUGCACUUGGUAACGCGAUCAACAGCAAGAUCGUGCUCGACUUUGCUGUGUUCAUGUCGGUGUGCAUACUACUGACAUACUUCUUUGUCUUGUACCACCACAUCCGGGCUGUCAUAGUCCAGGAUAUCAUGUACCCAGGCAGGGACGAGGAUGUCGAAGACCACUGA